CCCUGCCCUCCUCAGUAACCCGGGGUGCGCGUCACCCUCCUCUGCGUCCCAGGUGCGUGGGUGGGGCGGCACGUGUUAGAACUGCGGGACAGAGUCCUAGAAGGAUACUCGGUGAGUCAGCACCCCUGGCCUCGCCCUGCGGGGAAAGUUCAGAGAUCAUCAGGAGUGGAUGUCAGGGAUCUCCCAGGGGACAAUUCCUACGGUGGGGACUGGUGGCUUCUUUAGCCUUUAAAAGAGGAAGCGAGGGACUUUGAGAGGUUGCAGAUGACCUACUUAUGGGUCCCUGGUCAGGUAAGGUCGCCCUGCCAGCGCCUAUGGAAGACAGAAGGCAAGACCUGCUCAGCUUUGGCCUCUGUGGCUAUGAAGAUGGUCCAGGGGACUUGCUCUUUUGAUUUUUCGAGAGAAAUCAGGAAUCAGAUGGAUGCGAAAUCUUAUUUUUAAAUACUGGCAACACUUCGGUCAUUGAAAAGUCUGGGGGGCUAAUCCGACAGUGCUGGUAGGGUCCACAUGGGACCUUUGCACCACGGCCUGGUGAGGACACAAGACUUGCAAGAGUCAGGCCACACAGAGGAGUUUCAUAAAUUCCAAAAGAGAAGUAGAAAGUACUGAGGAUGGCAGCCACAGUGCCACGUCUUGCUGUGGUGUGAAGCUGUUGAACCCAGCCAGAGGUGGGCCACAUCCUCUCGUGCCCUCCCACACACCAGGACACCUGCUGGCCCUCCAGGUCUACAGAGCCCUGGGCUCCUGCCUUGGGCUGGUCUGCCUGGGCUGAGUGGAGGUUGGGAGGCUCGCCAAGAUGCCCAUCGUGAUGGAAGAUGUCAUGAAGCUGCUGUGCUCCAUCUCUGGGGAGAGGAAAAUGAAGGCGGCCGUCAAGCACUCUGGUACAGGUGCCCUGGUCACAGGGGCUGUGGCCUUCGUUGGUGGUCUGGUCGGAGGUCCACCUGGACUAGCUGUUGGGGGGGCUGUCGGGGGCCUCUUAGGUGCAUGGAUGACAAGUGGACGGUUCAAGCCAAUUCCUCAGAUCAUAAUGGAGCUGCCACCCAGUGAGCAGCAAAAGCUCUUUAAUGAAGCCUCCACCAUCCUCAGGCACCUGGACUGGACGGACGCUGUGCAGCUGACCACACUGGUCAUGGGCAGCGAGGCCCUGAAGCAGCAGCUGCUGGCCAUGCUGGUCAACUACGUCACCAAGGAGCUCCGCGCCGAAGUUCAGUAUGAUGACUAGGUCGUUCCUCCUGGAAGUGGGGAUCUCAUUUAGAUGAUUCCUGGGCCUCCCAGGCGGGGACGGGGAGUUGGGGAAGCCCCACACCAUCAUGUAUUACCUAAAUGGAGUGAAACCUGCUGGAGAAGCUCCUAUUGUGCUGUAUCAUGUUCUGGAAAUUAUUUAUGAAGACACUGGAUUUUGGGUCGUGUGCACUAAUAAUGCAUAGUGACACCCCUUUUGCUUGGAGGCUGGUGAAAAGUGAAGCCGUGCCUGCUGCAGACGUGGAUGACAGCUUCUUGAAUCCACGGUCAUUCAUAUGGGGGCACGGCAGGAGGCCUCUGUGUUCCGUCUCCUCAUCUGUGACGAUGAGCCCUGUCUGAAGCACCUAUUACAGGACUGGUUCCUCCCCUGGGGCUCAGGGGCUUAGGGCCAAGAGCUGCCCCGUGCCGGAAUCAUGUUUACCUCAUGUGUCGCCUCCCUGACCAGUGGCUGAGUGGCCCCAUGGAGGGGCAGUUGCCUGGGGAGCAAAGCCAAAAGCAUCCAGGCACCCAGCCCUUGUCUACGCAGCACACCUGGGCCCUCCUCUUCCCAGGGGCUUCGUCUCAUCAUCGGACAAGUCGUGGUAGUUCUUGAAUUUUGCUUUUAAAAUGAAGUACUUACAGCAAAGAAAAUGACUCUUUCUGAUGUGGUGGGAUCUAAGCAAUGCGUCCACCCUGAAUUUCCCCUAAUACUGUAUUCCCUUGGCUUUCAGAACCCUAACUUGACUAGGUAUCAUCAAUUGCAAUAAAUGUUUUCUGAACAGGA